UGCGACUCUCUCGACUCCGCCCACUCACUGUGCUUUGCUGUCGUCUCUCAGCUCAGCUGGCCAGCUUCGUUAACAGUAACGCUGUGCAAUGGCCGUUGAACUGCGCUCUAGCGUGAAAUAUGGCACUGUUUUAUCUUUUACAGUGCUUCUGCUUGCCUACUGGUACCGCUCUCCUCAGUCGGUGCUGGAUGAGAGACUGGGAGCUGUGCUGUCCUCUUUACUACGCGCUGAGCGUAAAGUGGGGAUGAAUAACAUCGCCAGACCCAGAGUGGCCAUAGGGUUUGGGGGCUGUGUGGACAUUAUUGUGGAUGGUGUGACAUUGCUGAACAAGAUUGGUCUGCAGCCAACUAAUCAGCCUCUGCACCAUGACUACAUUGAGAAUGUGGAACAGCUUGCUGAGAGUUUUGCCUACUUUUUUGCUCCAGGAGCAGCUUCUGAGAGGUUGGUAGUGAACGACACACUCUUCAGUCAGCUGGUGGAGGCCUCUCGAGAGUUGCCAGGAAACCGCUGGUCAAUUGGGGGUAAUGCACCUGUGAUGGCAGGCAGGAUGGCUAGCGAGGGCUGUGACGUGCUACUUGGGGGAAGCUUCAGCCCAGACUUUAAUGACUACCUCUCAGAACAUAUCACAGUGGCAGGUAACACAGUGGAAGAACCAGAUAUUCAUCUGAUUCUGGAGUAUCCCUCUGGGGCAACAUGGGGGCCGUACACCUCCCGAAGAGCAAAUAGAUACAUUGUCCAUAGUGAUGACCACAACCCAUACUUAGACUCGAUGGAAGACUUUGAGAAGAAGCUGCAGGGCUUUAAGCCUGACCUGCUGGUGGUUGGAGGCCUUCAGAUGAUGGACAACUUUCCAUUCAACCAAGGAGAGCGCGAGGCGCUACUCAGUCGCCUGGCUCAGCUGCUGUCUUCAGCCUCACCUCAGACCAAUGUGCAUUUUGAAAUGGCAAGCUUUGUUGAUGAGGCUCUGAUGUCUGACUUGCUAGAGCUCGUGCUGCCUCAUGCUGACUCCCUGGGCAUGAACGAGCAGGAGCUGCCCAACCUACUAAGCCUUUUGCGUGGUAGCACUGUAACUGUUCUGUCUGACCCCAACCCCCGUGUGGCCACCGUGUUGGACCAGAUGCGUGAGCUUUACCGUGUCGUCAACCUCGGACACAGGCAAAGGCAGGCCGGCCGUGGUCGACCCCUCACUAGGCUACAUGUUCACACGCUGGCCUUCCAGGCAAUAAUUGUUACGCAGGGCUCUCAGUGGAAGAACACCAUGUCAGCCACGGCCAAGGCCUCACUGACCGCCAACCGGCACGUAUGUGGCUCCUCUGACAUCGACCCCAGCAAGGCGCGCCUCAUCUUGGACGAGUCAUUCUCUGUAAGCAGAACGGAAGGCAGCCAGAGAAUUCCCCUGCAGGAAUCCCGGCCUGUCUCCUGCUGGACCGAGGACGAAUAUGAGAUCUGUGUGGCUCCUGUGCUUGUGUGCACUGAGGUGUAUCAAACCGCUGGGGGAGGAGACAACAUCUCUGCUGCUGGCCUCGUGCUGCAGAUCUAACCGAGGAGAAGGGAAGUGAACUAACACAAACAUCCCACAUAUAUGAAGACUUUUAUUUUAUGCUGUAGUCUUGCAAAUCAAGUGCAACAUCAAUGUUGGGUUCCAAAAUUCUACAGUUCUUUCUGUUUUUGUGACUUGCAUAUAAAACCUUCAGAUGUGUGUUUUUAAUUCUGUACCAUAGUAUUUGCAUGUGUCUGGGGCCAGUCAUCUCAUAACCAUUCACAGAAAUGCUGUAAACUUUAAUGUGGAUUUGUUUAAAACCCAUAUCUAUAGUCUGAUCGAGUAAAAUGACUGGAAUAAUUGUUCUUUUUUUAUUUUUUAUUUUAGUCCUCUAUUAAUGCAGAUAUUUGUUUCUUAAUUGAAUUUGUCACAACACAUCCAUAAUCAGUGCUUUGCAUUGCAACAUUCACUAUUCUACCACUUGCAAGACAAAACUCUUAUUUGACUACACACCUGUUCUUCUUUCUAUUUUACUUUGCCUCUCAUCAUUUUAUGUCUUUUAAAAAAAUCACAUUAACAUUUCCUUUUAUGCCUAACUUGAUUUCAUUGUGAUUGGGUAAAAGAGAAUAUGUUUUGGAACACAUAUUAUAGCCAGACCUUUUCUUCUUUUCUGAAUUCCUGCAUUUUGUUUGUUGAUUUUUAUUUUUUAUCUUUAUUUAAAUAUCACAGCAAAGCCACUCAUCUGCCAAGAACAUUCUCUUCAUCUCAAAGUCUUGAGAUAUGCAUGGCUACCUAUGGGAAACAUCAAAAGCUUUAGUUAUUAAUUUAAUAGUUUUUGUUAAUUUAUUGAAAUGUAAAUUGAGCUCAACAUGUUAGGAUUUCAUUGGUUUUCAUCCUUGUUUCUUUCAAUCAUUAGUACCUAGAGAAUGAACCCAUUAUCUACCUACCUCUUGUGCCUAUGGAAGAAUUUGUUACUACUUGAUCUCUAUGAAAUCUGUUGACUGCUGCCUAGAUUAAUGCGUGGAAGAGGGUACUUGUUUUCCUGUUACCCUCCUGUAUGAGGCACAACUGGGUAGAGUUGGAGAUGGUCCACCCUGUGAACGCUAUCAGAAAUGUUUUCGGACAUUUAGCUGCCGAUAGCCCAAGGUGUCUCAGGGAUUAGCCGAGCCUGGUUAGUAUGGAUUCACAUCAUUUGACUUUGAAGCAAUGAAGAAAACAGCAGCACACUUGAUGGUGUUUGUUCCAGCCUUACUAUUAUUGUUUGAACUUGCUAAUGACUGAUCACCUGCUCAGAAAUAGGAAUAUUUUGUAUUGUAUGAAGUAAAAACAAGAAAUGCAAUGGAAAUUCCGUUUGUGUUGAGAGUUAUAUGUAUAAUACUAUACAUAUUUAGAUGGUUUUAAGUUUGAAAGAAUAUACACACAAUGGUAAUGAUGUUUAUGGAUAAUGUAGCGUAGUAAUGAGCCAUAUUUGAGUGGAAGUAAAUGUAUCUGUUAUCUGUCUGGUGUGGCAGUGCCUUUGCUGCUCUUUUUACCUGUUCUGUUUUUAUAUCUCUGUACCAAGUUUGAUGAAUGAAUAAGCUGGGUUACAAGUGAAAGUGUGUUUCUGAACUGCUCCUUUUUAUUUUUAUGUAAUUAAAACUUGCAUUCCAUUUCUGA